AGCCAUGGAUGAUGACUAUAUGGAUUCUUUCACGCCCCUAUUCCUCACUGACAGCUUGGAGAUGGCAAUGGAAGUGGAGAAAGAGCACUCCAAGCUGUCCUGCUUUUCCUGUGUUUUUGACAACCAAAAUGGAGGGAGAAGCUUCUCUUCAGAGUCUUAUUUAGCUAGUGGGUCUCUUAAGAGAGUUUUGCUGACACUAGAUCCUUCUCCAAAUGACUAUGAGGAAGAUACAGUGGAAAUGUUUGGCUUUCAGUGGGUUACUGAAACGGCAUUAGUUGAAUCCUGUGGGCUUCUCUUUGGAUUACUUAGGCAACAGAUACACAGUUUGGAAAACCUAGUACAGAUGAGUUCGUCUGAUUUCAGUCAAGCUGCAAACAUGCACUCAGAAGCAGACAGCAUCAGGCAUCAGUGUAUUGAGUUUUUGCAUUAUGUGAAAGUUUUCGUCUUCAGGUAUCUGGAACCUCCUAAAGCAGAACAUGACGGAAUGCUCCACCCGUAUGAAGAACUAGAAGCCCAACUACCAUCUUUGUUGGUGGAAGAACUUCAUUCUUUGACCCUACAAAUUGGUCACCUUUAUGAACUUCCUAGUAGUAUUCUGGCGGCAUUUACCAUUCAACAUCAGGCAAAGCUCUUUCCUCCAUCCUGGCAUUUUUUACAUCUCCAUUUGGAUAUCCAUUGGCUAGUACUGGAAAUUCUUCAUGUACUAGGUGAAAAGAUGAUGAGACAAGUUGUAUAUGCUAACCAUUUCAUAAACCUAACGGGAGAGAAUUUAACCAGUAUCAGUUUAUUUGAAACACACUGUGGAAAUCUCAUAUGUGAUUUAAUAAGUAUAUCCAUCAAUAAGUAUCUAAAGGUGAGACCUUCUGAAGCUCUUACUAGUCACCAUUACCCCUGUACCUGCAUUAAAGAGUUAUGGGUUCUAGUUAUUCAUCUGCUGGAUCAUAGAAAUAAAGGGUGUCACACAGAGUCUUUCUGGAGCUCAGUGAACAUAAAUCUAAAGAAGAUCUUUGAGAAACCAAGCAAUUCUGACAGGGCAUCUGGUUUUGAAACAAUUCAGUGUAAAGAUCCAUUGAGUUUUAGCUGGUGGAUUAUUACACAUCUGGCGUCACUCUACCAGUUUGAUCGUAAUGGAAAUCUAGAUGAAAAGAAACAGAAGGAAUCCAAUUGGAAAUUUGUGGAAGAACUACUCAAAAAAUCCAUUGAUGCUCAAUCUGGUGUGUUAGAGGAGCAGUUACGAAUGCACCUUCAGUGCUGUUUGACUUUGUGUGGCUUCUGGGACUUGAACCUAUCUGUUGCCACCAUCCUCUGGGAUUAUUACAGCAAGAAUUUGAACAGCUCCUUUACUGUUCCUUGGCUUGGACUGAAGGGUCUGGCAAAUGUUAGUAAAAACCCUUUGUCGAUGCUCGAGUUGGUGAAAAGCUGCUGUUGUGACCAACCGAUCCCUGCUCUGUACAAGUCCAGCAACAGUUACCUCCUUUUCCUCAGCAUUUUGGCACGGAUGAUGAAAGGAGAGGUCGAGAACAGUGGUGUGCAUCCCUGGAAACAAGUCAAGGGACGAAUUUAUUCCAAGUUCCAUCGGAAAAGAAUGCAGGAGUUGACAGAAGUAGGACUGCAGAACUUCUUUAACCUUUUCCUUAUGCUAGCAACUGUUGCAGAGACAGAAGACAUAGUGAGUCGAGUGUUGGAUCUUUUGAAUUUCCUGACUCCGUCCUCUGUUACUGUCUCUCAGAGAGCUCUCAUUUGGAGAGGCCAGUUUGCUUUUCUUUUGAUUUAUGUUGAGAAGAACAUGGAUAUCAGUGUUCUAGCUGAGAAACUCGCAAACGCUUUCCGUGAAAAAGCAAAGGAGUUUUUGGUAACCAAAAAUGACUACACGCAGAAACAAAAUCUCUGGACUUUACUUUCAACGUAUGUUGAUGGUGUCCAAGAAGUGUUUGAGACCAGCUGUGACCUGAAUCUUUCUCAAGAAAAGCUGCUAAAUGAUGGCUUUACCAUGCUGCUGCCUGCUUGUCGAGGAGCUGAACUGAGUAUGGUCCUAAAUUUUCUACAGGUUGUUCUAGCAAGACUUCGGUAA